AUGACUAACACUAGAAUUUCAGGAAUAUCUCUUCUUAACAUUGUGUUAAUCUAUCUAUCUAUCUAUCUAUCUAUCUAUCUAUCUAUCUAUCUCACUCUUUUCAUAUCUUUGCAUAUCUGUCAUUCUCUUUAUAUCACCACAUAUCAAUCAGUCUCUUCAGAUCUAUCUAUCUAUCUAUCUAUCUAUGUAUCUAUCUAUCUAUCUAUCUAUCUAUCUAUCUAUCUCAUUCUCUUCAUAUCUAUCUAUCUAUCUCAGUUUCUUCAUAUCUAUCUAUCUAUCUAUCUAUCUCUUUUCAUAUCUCUGCAUAUCUAUGUCAUUCUCUUCAUAUCACCACAUAUCUAUCAGUCUCUUCAGAUCUAUCUAUCUAUCUAUCUAUCUAUCUAUCUAUCUCAGUCUCUUCAGAUCUAUCUAUCUAUCUAUCUAUCUAUCUAUCUAUCUAUCUAUCUAUCUAUCUCAGUCUCUUCAGACCUAUCUAUCUAUCUAUCUAUCUAUCUAUCUAUCUAUCUAUCUAUCUAUCUAUCCCAUCUCUUCAGAUCUAUCUAUCUAUGUAUCUUUUUAUCUAUAUAA